GUAUCUCAGGUUUGGGAACAGUGUUCCUGGAACAUUAAUGAAUAGUACAGGGGCUCCACAAGGGACUGUUCUGGCUCCAUUCGUGUUCACACUAUAUACAGCAGACUUGAAAUACAACGGAGUCCCGCCACAUCCAGAAGUACUCGGACCAACACUGCUAUUGUGGCUUGCAUUAGGAAUGGACAGGAAUCUGAAAAAAGGGAUCUGAUCUUUGAACCAUCUCCUACUGAACACCUCAACGACUAAAGAAAUGAUCAUGCAUGAAUCGUUAUCGCUGCAGUUACAGUAGAGUUAAUGUAUGUAUCGUUGUAGCAGUCAACUGAUGUAUGAAGUUGUUAUUUUUCACUGAAAAGUUCUCUGGACAUUUAGAAUUCUCUGAAAUGACUCUCCUGUAAAAUAAGGUAACAGUCAUUAAUACUUCACUAUAUUAUUAAUAAGGUUGAUGUUCACUUGCAUAUGAAAUACUGUAUAAUUCCUUUGAAACAGAAUGUUUUUUUGUUUUUUUUUGCUUUAUCCUGAUUGGCUAUUGUUCGUUUUAAACUGCUGGUUAAAGUCCUUGUUUAAAUAAUUUUAGCUGCAACAGUAGUAAAUGUGAAACGAGUGAAGUGUUCUUAAUACUUUCUGAAUGAUUAUUAUUGUUAUUAUUAUGACCCAAAUUGUUGCUGGAAGCAUGACAAACAACAACCUUGAGAAAUAUGUUGAGUGUAUUUUAAAAAUUUAUCUUCCUGUGUGUUCGUCAGAGGUCUAUCAUUUCUGAAAUUUUGGACUUUUAUUUUGAAAGCCAUCAACUCCUCUACCCCGGAAGCCGUCGUCUUCACUACCGCUAACCUCACGCUGUUUAAACGGCAACUCGUAGCAGUUUCUUUAUUGUUCAUUAGAACGUUUGUGUUGUGAUCCGUCAGAGCCUCUGUGUGUCCGGAUAAACCUGUCUGAAUGGACUUUGUGCUGUUCACCUUUUCUUUCUGGAUGUUUUACCUCUGACUCAUCUCCCGGUAGACUACAAACACGUUCAAGUUAGCUUAGCAUGCUAGCUGGUUAGCACCACGGCGCUAGUCAGAGUGACUGUUUGAUGAAGAGUAAACUGUGUUUCUGACGGAGUUUGUGUGGAGAAAAGGUUGGUGUCACUGUGUGAAAAAUGUCUAAAGUCCAAACGGUGAGAGCGCUGGUGGAGCAGCGACUGACUGCGGCUGCUGAAGAGAUAUUUGGGCUGUUUGAAAGAACGAUAGCAGAGUACGAGGAGCAACUUUGUCGUUCAAAAGAGAAGAACGAGCGACAACAGAAACUACUGGACGCUGUUUUCAACCCUCAGCUUCACUCACACAGAGCAGACGCCCAGCAGCUGUUGGUGGUUAAAGAGGAGUUUCCCUCUGAGCAGCAGGAGAGAAGCUCCACUCUGGACCAGGAGGACCCAGAGCCCCCACACAUUAAAGAAGAACAGGAGAGUGACACCACUCACCUCCCAAAUAUCCACAGAGGGAAUCAUGCAGCAGAGGAAGAGUUCAUAGAAGGAGGAAGUCUGAGCCAAGACACUGCGGUCCAAACAGUGCUACAGCCAGAGCCCCCACACAUUAAAGAGGAACAGGAGGAACCUUGGACCAGUCAGCAGGGAGAGCAGCUUCAGGGGCUGGAGGAGGCUGAUAUCACCAAGUUCACAUUCACUCCUGUCCCUGUGAAGAGUGAAGAAGAUGAAGAGAAACCUCAGUCCUCACAGCUUCAUCAAACACAGACUGAACAGAUGGAAACAGAAGCUGAUGGAGAGGACUGUGGAGGACCAGAACCAGACAGGAACUCUGAUCCAGAUCCACAUUUACAACCUGAUACUGACAACGAGCCUGCAGACUCUUCUGAACCUGAGACUGAUGACAGUGCUGAUUGGAAGGAGACCAGAGAACCUCAGUCAGGAUUGAAAAAAGAUGGUGGUCCUGUCAGAGAUUCCAGAUUUAGUGCUGGUGAGAAACAAUUUAGCUGCUCUGAGUGUGGGAAAAGAUUUAACAACAAAAGCAAUAUGAAUAGACAUAUGGUUUCUCAUGCUGGAGAGAAACCUUUCAGCUGCUCAGUUUGUAAGAAAACUUUUACACAGAGUGGAACUUUAAAGUCACACAUGAGACUCCACACAGGAGAGAAACCUUUCAGCUGCUCAGUUUGUAAGAAAACUUUUGCAAGGUGUGGAAAUUUAAAGUCACACAUGAGACUCCACACAGGAGAGAAACUUUACAGCUGCUCAAUUUGUAAGAAAACUUUUACACAGAGUGGAACUUUAAAGGCACACAUGAGACUCCACACAGGAGAGAGACCUUUCAGCUGCUCAGUUUGUAAGAAAACUUUCACACUGAGUGGACAUAUAAAGGCACACAUGAGAUUCCACACAGGAGAGAGACCUUUCAGCUGCUCAGUUUGUAAGAAAACUUUUACACUGAGUGGACAUUUACAGGCACACAUGAGACUCCACACAGGAGAGAGACCUUUCAGCUGCUCAGUUUGUAAGAAAACUUUUACACUGAGUGGACAUUUAAAGGCACACAUGAGACUCCACACAGGAGAGAAACCUUUCAGCUGCUCAGUUUGUAAGAAAACUUUUACACUGAGUGGAAAUUUUAAGGCACACAUGAGACUCCAUACAAAAGAGAAACAUUUCAGCUGCUCAGUUUGUGCUAAAUCUUUUGCACAAAGUGAGUACUUAAAGAAACACAUGAAAGUCCACACAUGAGAGAAACCUUUCAUAAAUAACAAAGAGACAGAGCCUCCAGCCAGCAGCCCACAUGAAGAAAUGAAGACGACUGUGGAAGACCAGAAGCAGCCAGAAACUCAGAUCCAGAUGAACCAGAAACUGAUUAGGAUACUGGAGAUUCUCCUGAACCUGAGACUGAUGACAGUGGUGAUUGGAAGUGAACAAGUCCAAACGGUGAGAGCGCUGGUGGAGCAGCGACUGACUGCGGCUGCUGAAGAGAUAUUUGGGCUGUUUGAAAGAACGAUAGCAGAGUACGAGGAGCAACUUUGUCGUUCAAAAGAGAAGAACGAGCGACAACAGAAACUACUGGACGCUGUUUUCAACCCUCAGAUUCAGUUACACAGAGCAGACGUCCAGCAGCUGUCAGUGGUUAAAGAAGAGUUUCCCUCUGAGCAACAGGAGAGGAGCUUUAGUCUGGACCAGGACCAGGAGGAGCCAGAGCUGCCACACAUUAAAGAGGAACAGGAGGAACCUCGGACCAGUCAGGAGGGAGAGCAACUUCAGGGGCUGGAGGAGGCUGAUAUCACCAAGUUCACAUUCACUCCUGUCCCUGUGAAGAGUGAAGAAGAUGAAGAGAAACCUCAGUCCUCACAGCUUCAUCAAACACAAAAUGAACAGAUGGAAACAGAAGCUGAUGGAGAGGACUGUGGAGGACCAGAACCAGACAGGAACUCUGAUCCAGAUCCACAUUUGCAACCUGAUACUGCUGACGAGCCUGCAGACUCUUCUGAAGCUGAGACUGAUAACAGUGCUGAUUGGAAGGAGACCAGAGAACCUCAGUCAGGUUUGAAUUGUUUGAAAAAAGAUGGUGGUCCAGUGAGAGAUUCCGGAUUCAGUGCUGGUGAGAAACAAUUUAGCUGCUCUGAGUGCGAGAAAAGAUUUGGCUACAAGUGCGAUCUGAAGAGACACAUGAGACUCCACACAGGAGAGAAACCUUUCAGCUGCUCAGUUUGUAAGAAAACUUUUACACAGAGGGGAAAUUUAAAGUCACACAUCAGAGUUCACACAGGAGAGAAAUCUUUCAGCUGCUCAGUGUGUGGUAAAGAUUUCAGUAAUAGUUGGGAUCUGAAGUCACACACGAGAAUUCACACUGGAGAGAAACCUUUCAGCUGCUCAGUGUGUGGUAAACGUUUCAGUCAUAGUGCGGCUCUGAAGAGACAUAUUAGAGUCCACACAGGAGAGAAACCUUUCAGCUGCUCAGUUUGUAAGAAAACUUUUACACAGAGUGGACAUUUAAAGUCACACAUGAGACUCCACACAGGAGAGAAUCUUUUCAGCUGCUCAGUUUGUAAGAAAAAUUUUACACAGAGUGGACAUUUAAAGUCACACAUGAGACUCCACACAAGAGAGAAAGCUUUCAGCUGCUCAGUGUGUGCUAAAUCUUUUGCACAAAGUGGGUAUUUAAAAAAACACAUGAGAGUCCACACAUGAGAGAACCCUUUCAUAAAUGUGCUGGCCGCUCAUCCUCAAAGUUUCAUCAAACUGAGGAGAAUAAAGAGGCAGAGCCUCCAGCCAGCAGCCCACAUGAAGAGAUGCUAACAGAAGCUAAUUGAGAGGACUGUGGAAGACCAGAAGCAGCCAGGAACUCAAAUCCAGAUGGACCAGAAACUGAUGAGGAUACUAGAGAUUCUCCUGAACCUGAGACUGAUGACAGUGGUUAUUGGAAUUAAACUAGCAGAACUCAGUCUGCUGUAAACUCUCAGUAAAAGGUCCUCAUCAGUGACAAUGAAAGCCUUUUUAUUAUCCCCUUGGACCUUUUGGAGUGUGUGUGGCGGAUUCAGUUUGAAGGCUUCAGAGAAGAUCAUCACAUAUUGGUAUGAAACUAGGUGAUCUUAGGAAUCCUUUUGUGCAAAAAAAUAUGUUGUGAUCUCUUGUUGGGAAGGGUUCACAAACUGAUAUUUUAAUUAAUUAUUUGAUCGUAGAGGUGUAACAAUUACAACUUUUUUUUAAAACAGCAAAACAAAAUAAAAACAUUUUUAGUUUACCAAA